CACCGUGCCCCCUUUUCAACACCCCAGCUAGCUAGUGCAUGUAUAGUGUGCGCGUGUGUGUAUAUACAGACCCACCAACCUUCUCCCCUUUCAUAGCCAAGCUAACGAGCAGUAGCACAUCGAUCAGCAAACGGGCGUCCGGCAGGCACUCAACACAAAACACAAAUAUGCGUUCAGCUCGCGACCUCCGCCUCGCGGUCUCGGCCCUCCUCCUCCUCCUCCUGCUUUCAGCCGGCGUCCUGGCGGCAAGAGCCCAGCAUGAAAUCGACGAUGAGUCAGAGUUCAACUACAUCCGCGGGUCCAAGAACGGGCCGGAGAACUGGGGCAAGAUCAAGGAGGAGUGGGCGACGUGCGGUACCGGGCAGAUGCAGUCGCCUAUCGACCUCUCCGACCACCGUACCUCACGGGCACCCAAUCUCGGCUACCUCAACCACUCCUACCUCCCUGUAGAGGCCUCCAUCGUCAACCGCGGCCACGACAUCAUGGUCAAGUUCAACGGCGACGCCGGGAGCCUGUGGAUCAACGGCACCGCGUACCACCUCAGGCAGGUUCACUGGCACUCCCCCAGCGAGCACCGUGUAAACGGACGCCGGUACAACCUCGAGCUUCACAUGGUUCACCUCAGCGCCGAGAACAAGACUGCCGUGAUCGGCAUCCUCUACAAGAUCGGCAGGCGCGACCAUUUCCUCCACGAGCUCGAGUCUUACCUGCGGAGGAUAGCAGACACCAAGGAGAAGGAGGAGAUGGUAGGCGUGGUGGAUCCCUGGGAGGCGAGGGGAGAUGGCGAAGCCUACUAUCGGUACAUGGGCUCCCUCACAACGCCGGCGUGCGACGAGGGGGUCAUCUGGACCGUCAUCAAGAGGGUUGCCACCGUGUCGAGUCACCAACUGAAGCUUCUCACCGACGCCGUCCAUGACGGCUUUGAGAUGAAUGCGAGACCCCUUCAGAAGGUGAACGGAAGAGAUAUCAGCUUUUUCUGCCCUGAUGAUCACCAUGAGCGCUAUUACGCUGCUGCUGAUCAGUAAUUAGCAUUAAACUUCAGCAAGCGUGAGGGAUAGACAGCAUGCGUGUUAAUUUGUUGGAAACCACGAAGAAGAACGACCGAUUCCAUGGAGCAUUGCAACGAUCGUGACUCGGCACCAAGCGGAGAUGUUUCUGGUCUUGGCACGGUUGUUAAUUCCAUAGUAAAGUCGAAGUCACAGACGUGUCGUUGUUGUUAUCUUCAAUACUUGGAUGACAUGUGCUCAAUCUAGUACGCUGUCUUAUUUGAGUUUUCUUCUUUAUUAAUAUUUAAAUAAAAAGUGCCUCAAUCACGGCUGGUUGUGCCAUCUUGUUGCUAAGAUGUGCUAGCUAAUGGAUUUAUUUCUUCAUCAUUGCA